AUGGAAACUUUUCGAGGAAAAGUUGAAAAUACUCGUGACGCUUUAAUCAUAUUUGGUAAGGCAUGUCGACUUGGUAUUUUACAAAGAAUUACUCGCCGUUGUUUGGAAGAAGAAAAGAAAGAAUUUGUUCCGGGAUCUGUUAAAUGGUCGCCAAGUCGAAUCUAUGGAGAUUUCUUGCUUUAUCAAGAACUCGAGUAUCGUCUACAUAACGUCAAAUGUUACGAAGAUAUUGAUGAAUCUAUCAAGAAGCGUAUUGAAACCGAACAAUUAAAAUAUAAUGUUUGUAAUAAAGGUACUUUUAUAUAUAGCAAAGAAGGAUUCAAUAAGAAAACCAUCUCUGUUACUGUUGAUGGUAGUCUUCAACAUAUGAUUAUUUAUGAAGACAAGAAGGGCAAUCACGAUGAUCUUCAUCCACCUUGGGCAUAUGUUGAACUUGCAAAUAUUGAACCAAGCAAAUCAAUUAUUAAACAAUUAGGUUUACGCAAGAGGCAACAACAACAAUAUCAAUUAAAGGAUAUUAAAUUAGAAUCUAAUAAUGAUUCAAACUUUAAAUGUGAAAACAACGUAAACAUGAAUAACGUAAACAACAACACAAAUGUGAAUGUCAUGAACAACGUAAACACGGUCAAUAUAGAGAAAAGAGAAUUCCAAACUCUAAGUCUCAAUAAUUUACCAUCCUCUAUCGUCAAUCCAUUUUCUCCUGUUACGACAACUACCACUUCACAUACAACAACUCCUCAAACAGAAAUUUCAGAUCCUAUGAAAAUCACAAAUGUAAUUAAUACAAAUGCAAUAAAUUGGUUAGGGAGAGGAGGAGGAAGAGGAAAUUGUCAAGAAAAAGAUGAAAAAGUCAUUGAAAAAGGAAAUUCUACAACAGACGGUCAACAUUAUGGAAUUAUAAAUGGAUUUCAUCAUAAUCCAUGGCAAAAUUCUUUCUCUCAUUUAAGAUCUUGUGUUCCUUCUUAUUAUCAAUCAAUGAUUGUAAGAGAACCUUUAAUUCCUUAUCAUGUACCUGUAUCUACUCAAAUAUCUACUCAUAUAGAUUCAUCCGUCACUCUCCUUUAUUCAAAACCUAAGUAUAAUUAUUAUUCUACCUUUCCUUUACCUAAAUAUGAUAAUUUAAGUAAUUUCGGUCGCUUUAAAUCACUUUUAAAUCUUGAAGAGUUAUCAAAUAAUAAUGCACUUACUUUGGCCAAAAUAAAAAGAAUUAUUUGUCAAGUGGGUUUAGGAAUAUUAGGUAUAACCACGGCAACCACGAUUAUGGUUGUGACCUGGUCUGAACCUUAUAGAGAUAAAUUUACAAACGCAGAUUACAAAUCGGAAGAAUAUAUCGCAGCACAAAAAGUUGUUCAUCUUCGUGUCGCUAAAAGAUUAUUGAGUCUUUGUAGACUUCAUACAGGAAUUUAUAUCAAAGGUGCUCAACAUCUUGCUUCAUUAACUUUCAUUGUGCCAAGAGAAUACACGGAAACAUUAUCAAUAUUACAAGAUCGAGCUCCAUAUAGAAGUAUGAAUGAUGUAAAUAAAAUAUUUCGAGAAGAAUUUGACGGAUUAUUGCCAAAAGAUAUUUAUGCUGAAUUUGAAGAAAUACCGAUGGCUGCUGCUUCUUUGGCUCAAGUUCAUAUAGAUGAUAAAUCAGUGGUAGUCAAAGUUCAAUAUCCUGAUGUUUCUCGAUUAUUUCAUGUUGAUGUAUGGACAAUGCAAUCAAUGUCCAAUUUAGUUUCUUAUUUUUUUCCCGAAUUUGAAUUAACUUGGAUUAUAACUGAAUUUAAACAAAAUUUAAUUUCUGAAUUUGAUUUUUUACGUGAAGCGAAAAAUGGUGAAUUAACUAAACAAAGAUUUAAACAUCGUGGUGAUGAAUUAACUGUACCAAAUAUUAUAUGGGAUUUAACAACCAAAAGAGUUCUUACAAUGGAAUAUAUAAAAGGUGUUAAAAUUAAUGAUUUAGUUGGUUUAAAAUCUUUGGGGGCAAAUCCUAAAUGGGUGAGAAAUCUUUUAUUAGAAGUAUUUGCUGAAAUGAUAUUUUGUCAUGGAAUAGUUCAUUGUGAUCCACAUCCUGGAAAUGCUUUAGUAACUAUUUCUCCAGUGACAAAAAAACCUCAAUUGGUUUUAUUAGAUCAUGGACUUUAUAGAGAAUUAUCGAAUGAUUUUCGUAAAACUUAUUGUGAUUUAUGGAAAGCUCUUAUAUUAAAUGAUACAAAAUUAUUAAAGGAAACUGUAGAUAAAUUAGGUGUUCCUCAAUAUAUACAAUUUUUACCAUUAAUAUUUACACAAAGAAUUCCUGAUUCAAGUACUCCAUUAGGUGAAGAUAUGUCAAUUGAAGAAAAAGAAUUGGUUCAUGAUCAAUUAAAAAAUAUAAAAUUAAAUGAUUUCUUCGAUUUUUUAGAAUCAUUACCUAGAGAUAUGUUAUUAGUAUUUAGAACAAUUAAUUUAGUACGUGGAAUUCAUAAAGAAUUAGGAGGAAAGUCUAUGGAAAGACCAUUACAAAGAUGGUAUUUAUUAGGAGGGACACCUAAUUUAAAGAGAACUUUAGGAUACAUUCAAGAUAAAAUAUUAAUGACAAUUAGAUUAUAUUUUGCAGAAUUAAGUAUUCGAAUAUUGAGAUGGUGGUAUUUAUUGAGUAGACCUAUUGAAUCACCUGUAACUCUAAUAACUGCGGCAUAA